UGCGCAGUGUGACCGGGAUGGCGCAUUUUCUUGCAUCGAGUAAUGCGGUGUUGCUGGCCGCUAAGGAGGGCGGAGAAUUCUGUGGUGAAGUAGGGGGAGGGACACAUGUAGUGACCGGGCGGGUCCUUGGUCUGAACUAUAAAGUGGGAAGUUGACGCUGGGUUCUGCUGUUACCGGACCGGCAGCGUGAAAGUCGUAACAUCAUCGUUGAACCAGCAGCUUUGAAGUUUAAAAACAAUGGAGAAGACCCAGCAAACAAUCCAAAGAAUUCUUCUAGAACCCUACAAGUACCUACUUCAGUUACCAGGUGAUUGGGCAACCAGGACAUAAACAGGACUUACAAAGUAAACAAGUGAGAACCAAACUUUCACAUGCAUUUAAUCAUUGGUUGAAAGUUCCAGAAGACAAGCUACAGAUUAUCAUUGAAGUGACAGAAAUGUUGCAUAAUGCCAGUUUACUCAUUGAUGAUAUUGAAGACAACUCAAAACUGCGACGUGGCUUUCCAGUGGCACACAGCAUCUAUGGAAUUCCGUCUGUCAUCAAUUCUGCCAAUUAUGUGUAUUUCCUUGGUUUAGAGAAAGUCUUAACCCUUAAUCACCCAGAUGCAGUGAAGCUUUUUACAUGUCAGCUUUUAGAACUCCACCAGGGACAGGGCCUUGAUAUUUACUGGAGAGAUAGUUACACUUGUCCCACUGAAGAAGAAUAUAAAGCUAUGGUCCUGCAAAAGACAGGUGGACUGUUUGGAUUAGCAGUAGGUCUCAUGCAGUUGUUCUCUGAUUACAAAGAAGAUUUAAAGCCACUACUUAAUACACUUGGGCUCUUUUUUCAAAUUAGGGAUGAUUACGCUAAUCUGCACUCCAAAGAAUAUAAUGAAAACAAAAGCUUUUGUGAAGAUCUAACAGAGGGAAAGUUCUCAUUCCCUGUUAUUCAUGCUAUUUGGUCGAGGCCUGAAAGCACCCAAGUGCAGAAUAUCUUGCGCCAGAGAACCGAAAACAUAGAUAUUAAAAAAUACUGCGUGUAUUAUCUUAAGAAUGUAGGUUCUUUUGAAUAUACUCGAAGUAGUCUUAAAGAGCUUGAAUCUAAAGCCUAUGAACAAAUUGAUGCAUGUGGUGGGAACCCUGAGCUAGUAGCUCUGAUAAAGCACUUGAGUAAGAUGUUCAAGGAAGAAAAUGAGUAAUAUUGAUUGGGCCUUAUAGCUUAUUUUAUUUCGGUUUGGUUUUUUUGUUUGGGUUUGGGUUUUUUUUGUUUUUGUUUUUGUUGUUUUGGGAGGUCCUGUCUUUUAGCCUAUUACCUUUUAAAAUAAUUGGACAAAGUUGUUGGUCUCCAAAAACUGAGUUCAUAGAGGUGAUGUGAAUGGAAGUUGUUUCAAUUUAGAACCCCUCUGUACAGAUAAUCACUGUAAUACAAAGUUGAAGGAAUUGAAAAGAGCCACAUUUGAUUAGGUCUAAUUUGAAUGUCAGAAUGUGCUGUGGUGGGACAUUAUGAACAACUCUGUCCUAAUACCAUGAAUGUUGCAUUGGUUCUGUCAAUAAAGUAGACUUCAGCUUCCAGGAAUUUUUAUUCAAAUGCUUCCUAACUUGACUAUAUUGGCAGUUCCCAAUCCAUCUAUCCCAGUUCCUAGUCAGUGACUUCUUGAGGCAAGCUUCUGUAGCUAGACUACUCAGAGACCACAGGAACUCCUCUUUUUUUUUUCUAAAUGCUGCUGCUUAGAAUUUCUCGUUCUCUUUCUUCCUGGAAACCCUCUUCUAAAGGUUUUCUUGAAAAAAGGUAGUGAUAAACGGUAAGCACUCUGGUUCUUUUUUUUCACCCCCUCCAUUUUUUCCUCCCUUCUUCUCUACCCCAUGAAUUCUGUUCUUUACUUAGAGAGGCUCUACUUAGUGAAAUUCACAUGCUCCCAAAGCUGUUUUUUUCCUCAUUCUGAUAUAACUUGUGUGUUACAAAAGUGAUUACGUUUUCAUUUGUGAAGAAAAGAAAAAGGAUAUAAAGAAAAAAUAUCUUAGGAUGGAACCUUUACAUCUUUUUAUAUUGCCCCCAUUAUAAAGGGCUGUUUGCUUACCUCAAAUACAAAAGCAGGAAAAAUUCCCUUUUCCUUCCUACAUACCAUCACUACACCUCUCAAAGGCACUAGGUGCUUCAGUGGAAAAGGAAGUUUAGGUAUCUUUAAUCUCUGUGAUUAAAGGAAAGAAAAAGUGUUAACCUGAGACCUAGUGUCUGGCUGAAAAGUAGCCAAAGCUGCACUAUUUAGAACUAACUAAUUAGCUUUAUAUAGUGCCUUCCUUAACCCUGGCCCUGUUUUGUUAAUUUUCGUCUCCCACCAUUGGAACCAUUCAUUCGCCCAAGAGGUAGAAAAAAAGAAAAAGAGUGCCUGAUUCCUAUAUUGGAAAUGUUGACAUCCCACAAUAAAAGGUUGUAUUCCUUUGGAAAUACAACUUUGCUUGAUUGGUUCUGCAGUAUGUUUAUCUAGGAUCUAAUCAUAUACUUGUAUGAAAAUAUUCUCAUGAAGCACUCAACCUAAAGCUUUUGAAAACUUGUAUGCUGCCUGUACUAACUUUUAAGAUAAUUUGAAUCUUCCACUGCAACAAUGAUGAGAAAACCACUUCUAAAAAUUAUGGUUAUUUGUGCUAUAGUAUGGAAAGUUGAACUUCCUGUUUAUGAACCCAUGGCAGUUUUUAAAAAGCUUAAUGUUUAUUCAGAAAAGCCUAAUGCUUACUUUGGAGGCAGAAAUUUACCUUUAAGUAUAAAUAUUGCUUAAGAUUUUUCCUUACCUAAUCAAAAUUAAUUUUGGCAUGGUGCUAUUCAUAAUUGUUUUUCUCAUUUUUAUCUUGUCUUCGUCACUGGCAGAAAUGCUUGACUUUGAAUUGGGGCUUAUAAAAGGAGUCAUUUUACUAUUGAAUGAUCAAAAAUCCAUUUUUUUCACUUUAUACUCAUAAGUGUUAUUACAAAAAAUAUAUAUAAAUGUAGUUUAAAUCCAAUAAAAUGAAUUAAUUCAUCAA